AUGUCUCACUUGCUCGGCACUGCUGGUUGCCAUUCUAUCAAAGGCCGAAGAGUCUCUUGUUCUGAUGAGUUCCCAGUUGAAGUUUGGGAAGAUCGUUUAGAGGGCCGUUCAGCAUCAUCUGUAGAUGGUUGGCCACGUUUGCGACCACGAAGCGAGCCUACUUGAGAUGGCUGUUCCGACGGUAAAUCCUUUGCAGUUGCAGUGCGUUCAGCGAGUUGGAUAGCAAAUUCUCGAUUCCGUUGCUGCAGCUUUUCCGUCAUCUGAGCCCGUAAUGCCAUCAUUUCGUCCAACUCUGGUCUUUCAAUGGUACUACACACUGUCUUUGCUGCGGAACCCUGUCUUGUUACACACUUUCGGGUACUCCUUUUCUUUGAAGGUGAGUGUGCCCCCAAAUCAUGAGCGGAUGCAGAAGUAUUCAGAGAGUUGGCACCAGCACGGGCGUUUCGUUGAGGUUUACCGGUAGCUGUCUUGAUAACUCCUUCCUUCAAAAUUCGACCAACCAUUGUAGUAGUCAAAGAAUCAUUGCUCGUGUCUCCACUAGUCGAUCCUGGAGAGGGUAUGUUCUCAACGGCUUGGGUUAAACCUCGGAAGCUGAAAACGCUAGGUACGAACCCCGAUUGCUGAAUCGAAACAAAACGUCAGAUUUACUUCGGUUUGAAAGGUUUCUUCAUGUCGAGUGUCCUGUCGUUCAAUCUCAUAGAACGUAGUCGUGAUGGUACAGCAGAAAUUGGUGUAGAUGUUUUAAAUGCUUCCUACAAAAGGCCAACUUGGGUCCUGAGCUGCCUUUAUUCUUACUAA